CUCCUUUCAGCUGCCAUGAUACUUGGUCAUCCUUUCCCUGGUUUCUGUUUUCUCCUCCUUCUAUUUUCAUUGACAUCCAGUUCUCCCACUGGAGAUGGGACCGUGGUGAACACCAAGAGCGGUCCCGUUAAGGGAAAACUUCUCCCAGAAAGCUCUAGUUCUGUGAUGGCCUAUCUUGGCAUCCCUUAUGCUGAGCCUCCCUUGGGGAACCUGCGUUUCCAGAAGCCUCGUCCACAUCAGCGCUGGAGUCAAGUCUUGGAGGCUGACAACUUUGGCAAUGCCUGCCCCCAGGUCACUUACCCAGAGUCCUCUGAUUCAAAGGCGUGGGCUCUCAACAGGCCUCUGUCAGAAGAUUGUCUCUCUCUGAACAUCUGGGUGCCCCAUCCACGGCCCUCUACACCAACUCCCAUUCUUAUCUGGAUCCAUGGAGGGGGUGGAUUUUCCUCUGGGUCAGGUUCAAUGAACUUAUAUAACGGAGCUUCCUUAGCUGCAAGAGAGAAGGUCAUUGUGGCCUCCAUUACUUACCGCCUGGGUCCUCUGGGCUUCUUUUAUUUGCCACCUGUUAUUCCAGGAAAUAUGGGUCUGUUGGAUCAACAGUUAGCACUGACCUGGUUCAAGGAGAAUGCAGCUUCUUUUGGUGGAGAUCCUAACAAGAUUACCAUUUUUGGCCACAAUGGCGGGGCAGUAUCUGUGGGUUUGCAUCUCCUUUCUCCAAGAAGCCAGCCACUUUUCAGCCAAGCUAUCCUGCAGAGUGCAGUUCCCAAUGUGCUCUGGGGAUGGAAAAGUCCUGAGGAGGUUAAGCAGAAAACCCUUGCUCUCAGUCAUCUUCUGGGAUGUGAGGGAAGUGAUGAAAAUGCUUUAUUGAGCUGCCUUCGGGGGAAAAAUGCAACCGAAUUUAGUCAGCAGGAGGUACCUUUAAUGCUGAAGCAGGAGUUUCUUCUGGAUGUCCCCUUCUUACCAACCACUGAUGGGGACUUUUUGCCUGAGGAUCCACAAAAACUACUUCAAUCGGGACGCAUCCAGGUCAAACCAAUUCUCCUCGGUGGAACUUCGGAUGAAACAGUUCAUUUUGUGCCAUAUUACUACCCUGAAGUGAAGGAUGGCUUGAUCUCUUGGGAUCAACUUCUGAACAUAGCAAAGAGGACAAUUCGCAAUGUGAGUCCUGAAGAUGUGAAGGCUGUGGCCCUGAAGUACAGCGAAGACUAUCAGGGUGCUGCACAGUACCGGUCGGCAAUGUCUCAGAUGAUCAAUGAAUAUGGGUUUUGGUGCCCAUUAGCUGAAUUUACGGCAAAGGUCCAAGAAGCUGGGAGUCCUGUGUAUGCUUACAUCUUCUCUCACCACACCUCUGGUGCAGCCUUCCCUGAGUGGUUUGGAGCUCCUCAUGGUGCUGAGCUACCAUAUGUGUUUGGCAAUCUUGAGUUGGCUGUGGCUGUCAACAAAACAUUUACAGAGGCUGAGGCUGCAUUGAGCCAUAGGAUCAUGCACUAUUGGGCAGAGUUCGCCAGAAAUGGGAAUCCCACAGAGUCCAAGGUCAAGGUGGGAAAGUGGCCCCUCUACAAUGCCAUGCAGCAGAAGGUCUUCCUUCUUAAUACUGAGAUGCCUCAAAAUCAACAGGUCUCACCAGCCCGCCACUGUGAUUUCUUGAAAGCAUAUUCUGCACAGUCAAAAAAAUCUAAUGAGGAUGGGAAGAAAUCCCAAUAAUGGGAAUCUCCAUGAACAAUCAAGAAGUCUUGAUACAGAUGUAGGUGAUGAUAAAGUGACAAAAGGAAGUAGAGAAAGCAGAAAUAGAUAGAUUGCAUUGUGGACAAUUCACAUUUCUGAAACCCCAUCACCUUAUUCAUAAAUGGGUCAACCCAUAUUCUUUUAUCCAUAAUAGGUACUACUUGGCUUCAUGUACCAAAAACAGAUUUAACAUGCUUUCAUGCUAAAUAAUACGCCCCAUUGUUUUGGGAAACUUUGCUGCAGAUGUAAUGCUUUAGGCCAGGAUCUCAUUAAUAAUCUACUUUUUGUACACCUGUGAUUUACACUUUUGCCACUGAACUCUGAGCAAUGCAUCUUUUCUAUUGUCUCAAGAAAACAUUUCUAGUAGGUUACUGAAGAACUAAAUAAAAAUCCUGAAUUAGAUUAUAAAAC